AUGACUCAAAUUGAAAACGUUGAAGAAUCACAAGAUCUUGAAGAAUCAUUUGUAAGUCUUGAAAUAGAACCAGAAUCUGAAACCACUGAAAUGACAACUACAAAAAUCUUCACCCAAAGAAAGACAGAGAAUCCACUUUCUUAUGAUUUGUUAAAUGAAUGGAAGAUUAAAUUUAAGAAAGAACCAAAAAAUAUUUUGGCUCAAAAUGCAUUUGCUAAACAUCCAAUAUUAGACAUCAUUGGGAAAUCAGAUAUUGAUACUUAUGUUAAAGAUCAAUUCUUAUUUAAUAUUACUGUAGAUACCAUUGGAUCCCCUGCUUUUUUAAAUAAUCAAAAGCUGUCUGGUAGAUGUUGGAUAUUUGCUUCUUCUAAUAUUUUUAGAACUCAUGUUAUUAAGAAUUAUAAUUUAAAGGAUGAUGAAUUUCAAGUGUCUCAAUCAUAUUUAUAUUUUUAUGAUAAAUUAGAGAAAGCAAAUUACUUUUUAGAAAACAUUUGUGAAACUGUAGAUGAACCAUUAGAUUCCAGAUUAAUUUCAUAUUUGAAUACUGCUCCUGUUAAUGAUGGUGGUCAAUGGGAUAUGAUUGUUAAUUUGGUUAAUAAAUAUGGUAUUGUUCCUAAUGAAGUAUUCCCCGAUAAUGCCCAAUCUACUGCUUCUGCUAAAUUAAACUAUAUCGUUACCGAAAAGCUUAGAGAAUUUGGAUUAGAACUUAGGAACUUAAUCAAGAGUGAUGCAACCGCGUCAACAAUUGAUCAAUUCAAACUUGAUGCCAUGCAAACUAUUCAUAAAAUAAUUACAUUGGCUUUAGGUACUCCACCUAAUCCAGAUGAUAAAUUCGUUUGGGAAUUCAUUGAUAAAGAUGGGAAAUAUAAACAUUUCGAAACUACUCCAUUAGAUUUCUUUAAAAAUCAUGUCAAAUAUGAUGCAGAAGCUCAUUUUUCAUUAAUUCAUGAUCCAAGAAAUGAUUAUGAUACAUUAUACACAGUCGAUCGCUUAAAUAAUGUCUUCAAUGGGAAACCAAUCGAAUAUGUUAAUACUCAACUUGAUGAAAUUAAAGAAUGUGCAAUUAAGAUGUUGAAAGAUAAUGAACCAAUUUUCUUUGGUUGUGAUGUUGGGAAGUUCUCCGAUAAAACAUCAGGAGUAUUAGAUACGACAGCCUAUGAUUAUGAAACUGCAUUUGAUUUCAAACUUGAGAACACCAAACUGCAAAGAUUAAGAACUGGUUCAUCUCAAAUGACCCAUGCUAUGGUGAUUACCGGGGUUCAUAUUGAUCCUAUUUCGAAUUUACCUGUUAGAUGGAAGAUUGAGAAUUCUUGGGGAGAUGCCACGGGUAAGAAAGGUUGGUUUAUGAUGACCGAUGAAUGGUUUGAUGAAUAUGUUUUCCAAAUUGUUACCACUAAGAAAUAUGCUAGUAAGAAGGCAUACGAUGUUUGGAAAUCCAAAGAAUUUAAUGUACUUCCCUAUUAUGAUCCAAUGGGUGCUUUAGCUUAG